GCUGGGCGGGGCGUGAGCUCAGUGCUUACGCUGGCAGCGGUCUGGGAGAAGCGGGCGGCGUUGAGUGCCUGAGACCCCCCAGCCCGGCACAGACUCGGCGGUUGAGUGGCGAGGCCGGGACCGUCGUUUCCCUCAAGUCCACAGAGCAGCGGGGAGGAGCGGCCCGGGGCCCCGGCGGCGCGGGGGGAAGAUGGUGGCGAAACAGCGGAUCCGGAUGGCGAACGAGAAGCACAGCAAGAACAUCACCCAGCGGGGCAACGUCGCCAAGACCUCGAGAAACGCCCCCGAGGAGAAGGCAUCCGUGGGGCCCUGGUUGUUGGCGCUGUUCAUCUUUGUGGUUUGUGGCUCAGCUAUCUUCCAAAUUAUUCAGAGUAUCAGGAUGGGAAUGUGAAGGAGCUGACCUUAAACAAGUUGUUUUCAUCUUCCUGUGAAUUACAAUGAACUGUCAUUCCUAAUGUUUGAUACCCCGGUCUAAAAACUUAAUUCAUGAUACUGUCCUGCUCCAGAACGACUUUCCAUGUUGGCCAUAUGUCAUUCCAGGUUCCUUCACAAGUCAUUCCAAGUUUUCUAGUCAAUACCACAGUGCCUUGAAAAGCACCCCAUGUAUAAAGCAAUAAAAUUCUAUUGUUGAUCUACAAUCGUGGACCUACUUAUUUAGUGAAGAAUAAAUUUGUUUUUUUGUGUAGAUAUGUUAAGCUGUAUGCAGCAUAGAUAUGUAGGAACUACUACAUCUGUGUAAACACCGGUCUUGAGAUCUGUUAACCCUAUGUAUAAAUGGAAGUGGUUUUAUUUAAAAUUGAGAAGCAGGGAUUCUUUUAAUGGCUGUACUAUGAAUUUAAAGCCCACUCAGUGAAGCUGAGUGGGCUUUGCUGCAUUACAUUGCUUAUUUAAAUGAAAUAUCAUGUGUAGCUGUAGCCUAGUUUUACUAUAGCAUGUGGCAAUGUAUUGACGCUCAAAUACUUAUAAUGGUGGAACACCUUAUUCUAUGCCCCUUGCAAGACUAUCCUCAUAAAAAAGUAUUAAUGUAAAAUCAGUAGGUUUUACAUGAUCAGGCUGACGAAACAUGACAAGGCAACAACUGCUUCGGGAAUGCUUUAGUACUAACAAGUUAAGGCAUAGCAGCUAUGAUAAAUGCUGCUGCUAAGACUCUCAGUGUUAAACUUUUGUUGGCAGCAGAGUAUAACUUGGCUGUAAAUAUUUCUUGAACCACUUUCAAUUAAUGAUACUAUAUGGUUAUAUUUUUAUGCAUGUACUUAACCAUCAUACACAUGCCAUUUAAACGCACACACAAUACCUCCAAAGAGAAGUAACAUGUUUUCAUGUGAACCAAACUACUGGGUCCAAACCUGCCUUUGUUUCUAGCACUUAAAUAUUUCCCCGUCAAACAUCCCAGCGGCAUUCAAAUAACCCUACAAAUCUGAUUUGACUUCCUUGUGUAUAAGACUGAAAUUAUCUUGGUGAUGUAAUGUAUCACACCUAGUUUAUUGCAGAAGUCUCUCAAAAGCAUAGGCUGUCAAACUACCUGUUGUAAUAGUUAAGUCUAACUUAAAGGUGGAGUCAGUCUUCCAUUGUGCACUUUUGGUAAAAUAAAGGUCUGUUUUUCCAGCAUGUUUUUUGGGUAGAGGAAGGGGGUAUUACUCUAAUUUGGUUGCAUUAAGAAUUAACUAGAAAAAUAAGCUAUGCUUCUUUUAUAGGGAUGUGUUGCUAACCACCUAGUGGCAGAUCCUCACCUGCUUAAAUCCACUUGAAAUUAGUGGGCUUGUGACAGUUUAUAUAGCUGAGGAUCUGCCCCAUAGUUUAGCCAGACAAGUUAUGUUCUCUGUCCUUGGAAAUUGGUAUAAUUUGUAAAUGAAAAAGUUUGUGUACAAUUGCAGUACUAUUUUAAAUAAAUUACUUUUAAAAUGUGAA